UGUGCUGUGCGGGCAGCGGUUCUGGGCCGGGUCCUGGUUCUGGAGGGUCUGGAGAAGGCAGAGAGGAACGUCCUGCCGGUGCUCAACAACCUGCUGGAGAACAGGGAGAUGCAGCUGGAGGACGGACGCUUCCUCAUGUCGUCGGAGCGCUACGACAAGCUGCUGCAGGAGCACACCAAAGAGGAGAUGGACGCCUGGAAGAUCGUCCGUGUGAGUGAGGACUUUCGAGUCAUCGCUCUCGGACUUCCUGUCCCGAAAUACAAAGGAAACCCUCUGGACCCCCCCCUCCGAUCCCGCUUCCAGGCCAGAGACGUGUAUUACCUCCCGUUUAAGGACCAGUUGGAGCUGCUGUACACAGUCGGACCAAACGUAGCUGCAGAAAGGGUGUCUCAGCUGCUCUCUCUAGCGACCACGCUUUGCUCCCAGGAAUCAUCCAACCUCGGCCUUCCUGACUUCCCUGUGGACAACCUGCUUCCUGCCCUCCAUGUGCUGAAUGCGUUCCCCAUGCUGUCCUCCCAGCAGCUGGUGCAGAGACUCUACCCGUACAAAAGCAUCCUGGGAAAGGAAGGGCGCAACGCUGUGGAGGGCGUACUCAGCAGGUUUGAGAUUCUUGAUGCUCGACAGCCGGCUCCCAGCUCCAUCCUGAGUGUUUCCAGAACAAAGGAUGUUGAGGGUCAUGCAGAUGUGACAUUAAGUGUUGCAGACAAAGACGUCACCUUUCAGGUGCCAGCAGGCAUGAAGGAUCUGCGUUCCCCCAACAGCAGCUCCACCUUCAUCAGCACGCCCAGCCACUCUCAGCUGAUGGCCGACAUGAUGCAGUCUCACAUGGUGAAGGACAUCUGUCUCAUAGGAGCCAAGGGCUGUGGGAAGUCUGUGAUCGCUAAAGAGUUUGCAGAGAUGCUGGGUUACAGCAUCGAGCCCGUCAUGCUCUACCAGGACAUGACGGCCAGAGACCUCCUCCAGCAGCGCUGCACGCUCCCUAACGGAGACACAGCGUGGAGACCCUCCCCUCUGGUGACCGCCGCCUUGGAGGGGAAGCUGCUGCUGCUGGACGGGAUCCACCGGGUCAACCUGGGGACCCUCGCCGUGCUCUCCAG